AUAUUUUGCUCUAUAUUGACCGCGCUCCAUGCGCUAGGGGGCAGUAGAGAUCCUGACACUGUACACACUAGCGGAGCGCUACACUGCCAUAGGAAGAAGAGCUGCGCUAACGCGACGAUAGCUAGCUAGUUAUUAUUAUAUAUUUUUUUAUAUCCUGCUUCAAAUCAGACACUGAUCAUUCUGGAGCAGAAACCUCGAAAAUGACCAAGUUGCAGCUCUUGCACCGUGCUCUAAACGAGCGGCUGAUGGCGGCGGUGGAGCAAAUCAUGGAGAUGGUGGGCGGCACGGUGCUGGAGUAUGAAGAGGAGACGGUGAGAGCGCGCAAAGAGAACGAGAUCCUCAGACGGAGGCUCCGGUGGAUGGAGGGAGAAAAUCCGACCGACUGGCCAGAUCCCGCUGCUUUCCCUGUCCCAGGUGAGGCCAGCCUGACAGACACACUAGCGCUAGAGUCCCUAAUUAUCAAAACGGAGCCCAUUGACUCCUCAGAUUUCCAGUUAUAUGGACCUGAUGCAAGUCUCACAGCAUCGGUAUGCACUGGCAAUAUGGAAAUGGUUUAUCCUGGUACCAGUGCUCCUGUUGAUGCUGGCAUUCCUGACGGUAUGGUAUGGGACUCGGCACAAAGCUAUAUGGCUCCUCUAGACUUUGACCCCACUCUGUCCACCAUGGCAAGGAACAGGAGUCAGAGGAGGUCCUUUGCCUGCCCAGACUGUGGGAAAGUCUUCGGGAGGGAGCAGAGACUGAUGUUCCACAUGCGUGUCCACUCUGACGAGAGGCCCUAUACAUACCGCAGGCGUAAAACAUGCUUUUAUGGGGACAAGAAACGGAAGAAGAAAUUACGAGGCCUUUCCAAGACAUCAAGAGAGUUCAUAGAGGACCUGUCUGACUCUUCAGAGCAGACAGAGCACAGUACUGGAUCGGCUAACGUUGGUAUCUCAACAAGUGCUGGCCCCACAGCUCCAGAAGUAGAGCCAAGCGAGGCAUCAGAUGAAGCCAGUGAACACACCAGCAGCAGCAAGCUCUCUGAGACCAGUGCAGCCAGACCUGUAGGCCUUAAAGCUAAGCAAGGAAGAGAAAAGGCCAAGACAGCUCAGUGCCUGCAGUGUAACAGAGCCUUCACUAAUUUAUCACGGCUGGCAGUUCACAUGAAGACCCACAGAAAGCCACUUCCCAGCCAAGAUGAACAGAAUAUACAGGGUGACUCCGACAGAACAGACAGUGGAUCACAACAUCUUGCAAAGACAAUAAGGAACAACGACACUGAGGUGGAGAAGGCAAAAGCAAUAGGUCAGAGGCUGUUUCAGUGCCCCGAGUGCAAGAAGAUCUUUGCUCGCUCCUGUUGGCUCACCUUCCACUUGAAGUCACAUGAACGAGAACGUAAGCGGCAGAAAAAGAAGCAGCUUCAAAAUAACAGCCUGAAGGACGUCCCCCAGGUCUCAGAAGAGCCGAAGAAAGAGGUAGCUACUGAAAGCAGCAAAGUUCAAGUACUAAAGAAAAUCUUUGCUUGCCCGUACUGCGAUAAGGUUUUUGCUCGUGAAGGGUGGCUUGGACCACAUAUUCGGAGUCAUACUGCUAAAAAACAAAAGAGUGACAUUAUUUCCGACGCCAUCUUGCCUAAUUCUACUAAGAGAAGGACUCGGCGUGUCGAUACCCAGCCAUCAAUAGAAACUGGCAACGAGCAAAAGAAAGUCUCUGAACAGUCAUUAGGAGAAACUGAAAAUUCUGAAAUAGUCGACGAACAACCAAAAAACGACACUUCUGUAUCUCAAAACAUCACCGUGGAGUCAAUAACAAACCCAGAAACCCAAGUAAUAAUCAGUAAUAACUCUGAAGAUAUCAGUAUUGAACCUGAAAGUAUCAGUAAUGAAACUGAAACAAUCUCAAACAAAAUCACAGAGGAAUCGACUCCAGUCCCUGAGGAAUCUUCCGAACAAAAAGGAGGAGUCAAAAAAUCAAAAAAGAGAUUCCCAUGUCGAGAGUGCGGCAAAGUUUAUUUGCUGGCCGGUUGGUUGAGGACCCACAAGAAGAUGCAUAAAAAAGAGAGAAUUCUGGAGGAGCACAGGAGACAGCUAAUGAUGUUGAAAGAGAUUGGACCAAAUGACAACGAAGAUGGAGGACAGAGCCUGGUGGAAACAAAUGUCGUCGAAAAGAAGCAAAGGAAGAAAAAGAAGACUUUGGGUCUGCAGGAUAGUCUUGAUGACAAAAAGAAGAAAAAGAGCCAGCUUACAAAUGCAGUGCUGCUGAAGACUAUGGAUAACUCUUCUGAUGUUCAGACAGCCGCAGACAAAAGCAAAAAACCUGGUGGUGCAACUCGUGGCCAGUGCGUCUGCAAAGACUGCGGCAAAGUGUACGCUAGAAAAAACUGGCUGAGCUUGCACAUGCUUGGCCACAGAAAAGCACUAAUGGCCUUGCCUCAAAAAGCAAAUGAUGAGGCACCGAACAAUGAUGGGCAGACGACACAAGAGGGUUCAUCCACUGAGAAUUCGAAAGGUCAAAAAGGAAAAGACGGUGGUAAAGCAUCAUUUCCGUGUCCCUUUUGCGAUAAAGUCUUUCCACGAGCAAUGCGGCUGAUGGUGCACAUGCAGAUCCACUCGGGCGAGAAACCGUACUCCUAUAGACAACGUAAAGAACAGUUUUACACUGACCCAACAAGAUCCAGAGUGCCAGAUACAGCCAAACAGGAGCCUGCAGUAGAAGGCAAUGAUGAAAAGGGGAAGGAUGGAGAAAACGAAGUGACUUCUGCAGUGUCGCAAGACCAUGCAAGCACUACAGAGCCUAUGGAAACCGUUCAACCUCAAUCAGUUUGCACUGGUAGAAAAUUCAGCCUCCUUCCUCUGCAGUCAUCUGGUGCUGCUACCAUCCACAGCACAACUCUUACAAGAACUGACUCAAAAUCAGACAGUAAUUUCAGUUUGCAGCCUAGAAUUGUUCUAGAUCCAGUUAUAGCGGAAUCCAGCCACUCUACAUCAUCUGAAGGGGGUGAAUUUAAACCAGUAAUUGUGGAAACUAGUGACAUUCAGUUGCACCAAAUGCCUGACUUAGAAACGAAUUAUGCUGCUACAGGUGGGCAGGUGAAGAGUCACCUUCCUCAAACUCCACUUGAAAAUUCAAACACUUAUGUCAUCCAAAACCCAUUGGCUGAGACGGAUCAUCCAGAUAUUGUUUGUGUUAAAGUAGGUUCAGUUCAUAAAUAUCAUGAAAAUACCUCCAGCUCUGAAAAGCUGCUUGUCAGUAUAGGAGACCAGCAGACCUCCGAGUCCCCAGAACUCAGAAAGUCUGAAAUUUGCAAAAGGAAGGGUCAGGUAGAAAGCCGAGACUGCUCUUUGUUUGAUGUGAAGCAGCACAAGGUGCGAGGUGACCCAGAACUUGUGGAAAUGGAUAUACAAUCACAGCAGUCAGGAAGCCAAAUUCAUACCAAUGAGAAGUCAAGGUUUCUUGAUAUUGUAGCAACUAAAAAUAUUCCACCCCACUCUGAAUUUCUAAAACGUGGUACAGAUCAAACCUGUAUUUCUGAUAGAAGGUCCACUGAUAUAGCUCUAACAACAGUUCCAGAAUUUAUCUUAACUGAAUCAAGUUCCAGUGCCAUACAUCAGGUGUCUCGUACCGAGUCAGGCUAUAUGAUCCUCUCAGAUGUUAGUGAUGAUGAUGAUGAUGAGUGGGCAAUUGUGUCCAAUAACCCUGAUGAGAAGAAAGAAAAGAAAGCUUUGAAAAUCUCUACCCCGCUUCCUGAGGGGUUGGCUGACGCAGGAUCCGUCCCUAGCUCCUCUCAUAAAGCUAGUGACUCUGACUCAGAUGUUACGUUUAUGUUAGAAAAGACUGGCGAACAAAAUUUCCCUGAUGGUACACUCACUAACAGAGAUGAGAUGGCAGCCACUUCUGUCCAACAAACAAACGAGUCAAGUUCCACAGGGCAGAAGAGGUGGUUUACAUGUUUGGCAUGUGGUUUAACAUUUGCUGGUGAGGCGUCCUUGACACAGCACAUGAAGGUGCACUCUGUGUCUGCGGGGACCUACCAGAAGUCAAACGCCUUCAAGUCACUCAAGAAGAGGGUCAAGAACAGUGAAACAAAGAUUAAACAGCAGGUUGUCCAAGUUCAGACAUCAGAAGUAUAUAGUGCUGAUUCAACAGACAACUCUGAAAUCUCAGGAAAAAGCGACUCAACACUGAUAAAUGUCAAUACAGCUAAGUUAUCUGGAAGUUGCCCAGACAUUGGCGCAACCAGUCAAAGUUCCAGGGCGGCCUCAAAGACAGUUGACAGAAAAUCAAAGAAAGGAAAAAGAAUUCUGCGCUGUUAUUAUUGUGGGAAAGCUUGCGAAAAAAUAGAACUGCAUCUCAUGCAUGAUCACCCAAAGGAACCUAAGGUGAUAGAAGCUUUGCAUUUUAGCAACACCUUAGAAGAAAGGAAGAGAUUAUUGAGACUUCUUUGCAGUAGCAAAAAAAAGAAACAUGAUUACACUACUAGGAACAAAAAGGAGGAAGACCUUGUUCAUUGUAUCUUUUGUCAGGGGUAUUAUCAACGAAAUCAGUUUUGGAAACAUGCUUUGAUAUGUGAGCAGAAACAACCAAAAAAGUUCAGUGUAACUGAACCUGGCAGCAGUACAGAACUUCCCAACACUAGCCUAAGAUCAAGGCCCAGCUUAGCACAGAAAACCUUUGAUCCAGAAUCUGGGAACCUCAUCAAUACUGUAAAACAGGCCACUCCAGAGUCUGUGAAUCGUUCUUCACCUAAAGCUGAACACCACACUACACAUUAUGUAUAUUCCAUUUCUCCUGUUUCAGAAACUGGCAGUACUGAGGUAAACGCUAUCCCUGAUCACGGAUCAGAGAGCUUGUCCAUUUUAUACACUGGUAACAGCUCAGCAAUGAUGACUCUUGAUUCAGAAUGUUCUGAACCACUCAUUCUAGACUCACUCCACAAUGCACUGGAGUUUCAGGAGUCUUGCCCCAGCACAGUACAGGAAGCUCCCCCACUUGGAACCAAGGGCAUUUCAGAAAAAGUACACCAGUCCACUUUGGAACCUGAAAAUGGACUCGAUACCGUUCUACCAACCCAUACCCCAGUUUUAAGCAGUUCUUACCUCCUAGACACUGGGAGCAGCAAUCUACAACAAAACACUGAUCAUGAUUGCCAGAGUUCCUCGAAGCACACAUUAGAUUGCAGCGGAAAACAUGUUACGCCUCAAGAAUCAGUAAGCCAUUCGCAUACUGUCAAAUCAGACUGGACUAUCAUACCAACAGCUGUAAGUGUGGACUUGGAGCAAAAUCUUGGCUCUGCUACAGAACCAGAGAGAACCGCCAUAACAAUGCCAGAACUUGCAUCGGAGAGGACUGCCAGAAAUAAUCCUCAUUCAGAAUCAAUCAAUUGUCUAGUUGCAAACUUUUUUAGCAGUGAUGCACAGAAAAAUGCUAACCCAGAAACAGGAAACAUUUCCUUUCAAGUUUUUGGAAAUGAUGAACAUAGAGCCCCUGACAUAGAAUCACAUUAUCGUCUAAUUCCAAAUCAUAUUCCUAGAGAAAAAAAACAAACCACCGGUCCAGAAAUAUACAGUGCAGCAACAAAGCAGUUUGAUUCUGAAGGUCACAUCAGAGAUGACACAGAAGAGGGUGGUAAAUGUACUGGUCAAGACAGUGAUUUGAAACCUCUUGGCUUAAAUUCCACCACAACAGUAAAGUGGAAAUGGGACAGUCCGAGCAGGGAUACAAAGAGAAGACGACAAAGUGACCACUUACAGGUACACUUAAUGUGUUAAUUGUUUAUUAUGUAUCUUGAAUAAAUAAGGUUUGAUCAUGUACUCUGUUGUUUUAUUUUAAGGGCUUUGGUAUGGAUUAUUCGGUGCCAGGGUUAUUGGGGUAAUCAAAGCAGUGGUUCUCAAACUUUUUCACCUUGUUUACGGUGCGUACCCUUUGUGGCCCCCUAGAAUCGACAAAUUUUCACAAUAUAUUAUUUUUUUUCAUGCUAGGCUCUUCUGUAUUAACUACGUCCUCGAUCUAAAAAUUUAUCCAUUUUAAAUAGUCUUGGGUUUUAUCAGCGUGUGGCUAACAACACUAGUAUAUCAACGGAUGUCUCUGUUUGGUGUGUCUUAUGCUUUGUAUAAUUGAUUUAAUUUAUUAAUAUUUCUCAUUUUUGUGUACAUUAUAGUUCAAAGGUUGACAAUCGCGACUUACAUACAGGUAAAAUUAAUUGAAAAAUAAUAAUGUUCUAAAAUUUCUAUGCAGCCCCCCUGGAGCCAUCUGGCAGCCCCCAGUUUGAGAACCACUGAUCUAAAGAUACAAGAUAAUGUAAUAGUGUAAUGAGAAAUUAUGUGAGAAAUUUACAUUAAUAAUAAAUGACAUACUACACACCGAUCAGCCAUAACAUUCAAACCACUGACAGGUGACGUAAAUAAUAUUGAUAACAUCUUACAGUGGCAUCUGUCAAGGGGUGGGAUAUAUUAGGCAGCAAGUGAACAGUCAGCUCUCUAAGUCGACGUGUUGCAAGCAGGGAAAAUGGGCAAGCGUAAGGAUCUGAGUGACUUUGACGAGGGCCAAAUUGUGCUGGCUAGACGACUGGGUCAGAGCAUCUCCAAAACAGCAGGUCUUGAAUGGUGUUCCUGGUAUGCAGUGGUUAGUACCUACCAAAAGUGGUCCAAGGAAGGACAACUGGGUGUCAUGGGUGCCCAAGGCUCAUUGAUGUGCAUGGGGAGUGAAGGCUAUCAGAAUUAUUUUUUAGUUUUCAUACAAAAUGACUGUUAGGCAUAAUGUGUGGUCAGUACUA